AUGGCAACUGCCAUUAAUCGCCUGGAGUCUCACGUUUUUGGAAAAUUACCAUCGCAACCCGAGGCAAAUUUCAAGAAUGUAAGUGCCAUGACACUGAGAAGUGGCAAGGAAGUGGAGGGGCCUAAGUUGACAAAUUCAAAAAGCAAAAGUGAGGAAGAGAUAAAAAAGGAGAUUGAAGAAGAAGGGCGCAUUCGCGAAGACCCUAAGGUUGGAAAAGACAAAGAAGGCAGAGAAGGAAAAAAAAUUCUGGAUGUGUUCCGGAAAGUGGAGAUCAAUAUUCCCUUGUUGGAUGCCAUUAAGCAGAUACCAAAAUAUGCAAAAUUUUUGAAGGAUAUGUGUACCCACAAAAGAAAGCUAAGGGGUGAUGAAAGAGUGGAGGUGGGAGAAAAUGUGUUGGCCAUACUCCAAAGGAAACUCCCUCCAAAGUGUGGAGACCCAGGCACAAGCAUCAUAAUCCAACUAGCGGACCGUACCAAUGCUUAUCCAGAGGGGUUAGUUGAAGAUGUUUUGGUGCAGGUCAAUAAGUUAGUAUUCCCAGGAGAUUUUUAUGUCCUAGACAUGGGGGAUGAAAGGUCAUUAAAUCUGUCACCUAUUUUGUUAGGUAGGUCAUUUUUAAGCACUGUUAGGACAAAAAUAAAUGUGAACGAGGGCACUUUGUCAAUGGAGUUUGAUGGAAAAAUUGAAACUUUCGAAUUGGAUGGGGAGGAUGCACUGAGAGUGGUUUUGGCCAAACAUCUUGAGUUGGGAGCAACUCUUAAUGUGGAAAUAAGUAAUGAGUUGUACCGUGUGGUUGUAGCAAUGUAUUUGCUCCCACCAAUUUCUUCAAGGUAUGAGGUUACUUCUCUCUUUGUACCAGAAACUCAGAAAAAGUUAUUGCCUUCUGUUGUGGAGGUACCCGAGCUGGAGCUCAAACCUUUCUCGAAACAUUUGAAGUAUGCAUUUUUCGGGGACAAAGAAAUACUACCGGUGAUCAUUUCUGCACACCUAUCGCUGAGUCAAGAAGACAAUCUGGUUCGACUUUUUCGAGAUCAUAAAGAGGUGAUUGGAUGGAGUAUAGCAAACAUAUAA